UCAUGAUCUCUUUGAAAAUACCUAUCUAUUCAAGUUAUUUUUUUCUUGCACAAAAACACAUGAGAGAGAUAAGGCUGAAUGAGAAGUGCACGUUAUCACUUCGAAACAUAAAUUGUUCAUGAUUGUGGCCUUGAAAGUUUUUCAGAUGAAUUUAUCAGGAAAAGCACUUUGAUUUGGUUGUAAAUAAAUAUUGCUUUGCCCAUCAAUGAAAAAAAAUGUAAUACUUAUACUGAGCUACUUCCUUUCUUUACUGUUAGUACAAUAAAUGAAAGACAUUGUUCAAAAGUUAAUAACUGCUGAUUGUUAGUAUCAAGUCACUAGCAAUACUUAAGUUACGUUUAAGGUGUUUAAGUUUUGUGGACCAUCAGUACAGUGAGAUGUUGACCCCACCCCCUUGGUUGUUUGCGAGGUCAAAGGUAAAUGUGACAAUCCCAGUUGAACUGUGGUAGCCCCUGUAAAUUGCAGUACAAGGCUGAUCAAACCCAAUAGCCUCAUGUGUUUUCAUUGGUUGACAUAUGCUAUUAAAAUGUCCAUGACUAUUAUUUUAUUUUUUUCUUUUGAUUUAUAAUUGGUAUAGGCCGUAUUUAUAUUAAUACAGAUGUUCAUUAUUCCUUCACUCCAGAUACUAGCUUCUUCAUACCAUUACAAUACACGGCUGUCACGUACACUCUGUUACUACACUGUCAAUACCUGAUCAUUGAAUAAACUCCUUCUCUACUCUUCAUGAAAGACAGCAAUUAUAUGAAGGUUUCAUGGCUGGUUGAUUCUCUACUUGGGUUACAGAAUAAACACAUUCACAUUUCUUUUUAAAUGCUGAUUUUCUCUUUGUCGCAAUAUUCUAUGCCUGUAUUGGUUAUGGUAAUAAAUGCCCAACUCUUUGGUUCUGGAAUAUUUACCAAUAAAAUCAAUACAUACUGAUCUACAUAUUCAAACUAUUUCAAUGAGUCUUUUGAAAAAGUACUCUUAACUACAGCAUUUACCAUUUCGUUCAACAUUAAUAUCAUUCAAAAUGUUAUUUCUUACAUUUCUUAUAUUUUGAAGUGGAUAACUUACGAGUUACGAGAGGGACUCAGCCUAAAUGCCAUUGAAAAUUAGAUGUUAUAUUAAUGCACGGAAUAACACAAAAUUAAAUCCCUGAAAGUGGAAGAUAGUGGCGCAUAUCAGACAAGGACGUAACCGGAUUUAUUAAGUGCCGGAACAUGAUCUCAGUGGAAAAAAACUGGUAUAUAAUAAGCAUUUCAAGCAAAUAAGGAUAGUGCCUGUUCCAGUCGAAAUAGACCAUGGGAGAGAGGUACCACCGAUACCCGCGGCAUCCGAUCGCAAAGCGACCGCCGGUCGAGGCUCCGCCACGCAUCGAGAUGAACGUCCGUCGGGGCUACUACGACCAGGUGCGAGAUGACUUUGUGAACCAUGAUGACGGUGUUGUGUGUACAUGUUACCCUCGCACCAGCCAACACACAGUGCCGUCCAUGUUCUACGACAAGAUCCAGUGUCCACAUAAAGACCACGCCCACAUACAGCCAGCUCACAACAACCAGUUCAACUACCCCUGGACGGCUAACUCCAUCGGCCGCAAGAGGGACGGAGAGGAUGACGAUCUCAGUGAAAGACUGUCGCUAAUAUCAGAGGAGGACGAUCAGCUCAGAUUCUCCCCGAAUCCGUUUCCCGCCAGGAACCUUGACCAGCUGUCAAUACGAACCGCCCCGCCACUUAUAGCACAGCCGGACUAUGAAAGCGAAGUGAAGCCUCCUUACACGGCGCCGGUUAAUGAUACACAGACGUUGCUACACGGCCGGCGCGCCCAGUCUAUGCAGGAUAUCCGGGACCCCGCCUACCGCUCCGAUGGCCUGCCCCACAGUCGAAAUAAUGCAAGUCUGACCCAGAGUCGAUUAUCAAACCGACAGUUUACAGGAACCUACGUCGACCCGCGGAAUGGGAAAGCAUACAACUACAACGUGAACUACGAAGGAGGGUCGCGCGCCCAGGCGUCACGAAAUCCGGCACCACGGCCCUCACCGGCCCGCAAACCCAUGACCGCCUCGUGACACAACCGUCCUUCUCGUGACGGGCCGCCACAUGAACACUGUUUGUCAACGAGAAACAUGUAGAAGUUGUUGUUCUGUGUGAAAUUGUAAUUUUAUUUUUGUCUCAAAACGUCAAGACGGAUUUUCAUAUGUCAAUGUGUUCAUGCCAGUUUCACAGUGUUAGCCAUUUGCAUUUACUUUGUUAUUGGUCAUUUUUUUAUUUAUCAAUAUAAUAGUUGUCUUGUUUUUAAAGCACGUCGUACAUCGUGUUUAUAAAUAUAAGGUUAAUGGCGACCGCUUGACCUCGAUUCUCUUACUCCUGGCGGGCGUAUACAGGUGAUUCUCAUACUCCUGGCGGGCGUAUACAGGUGAUUCUCAUACUCCUGGCGGGCGUAUACAGGUGAUUCUCAUACUCCUGGCGGGCGUAUACAGGUGAUUCUCAUACUCCUGGCGGGCGUAUACAGGUGAUUCUCAUACUCCUUGCGGGUGUAUGCAGGCGAUUCCAACAUCGCCCGAAGCCAAUCUUCUAUGGAUUUAUAUAUUUUAGUGUAUCCUUAAGAUUUGAGAAGCGAUAGACUCUUAACGUUUAAUUUCAUGGCAUCAUUAUUUCGUAAGCGGCGUGUUUAAUGUCGGGGUUCCAUACGUCAGACUAAGCCUACCUGCGCGAGGGACGGUCUGAUAGCUCGACCUCUUGAGGCGCUUCCUGUUCACAGCCUGAUCGCCCCUGGCUGCGGAGAAUUGCUGCUUUUACCAUAAUCUCUCACGUUCUGUUAUUUUAUUGCAUUUUCAUUGAUUUCGAACAAAUGUAUUUAAUGAUUAUAUAUGUUUUAUGUCAGAAUAAAUUUGGGUUUUAUAACUAG